UCAAGCAAAGGUCUCCCAGUUAAUGCUUGUUUUCUUCCAUACCACAAAUUCUCUCUCCUCUCUCUCUCUCUAUAUAUAUACAUACAAAUACAUACACACGUUAUCUCAUAUGCAGGCACUAUAUGUGUACGCAUAAAAGGUAGGUGGUAUAUACAGAGGCGACUGUAGAAGAAAGAUUCUUCUUUUAUUCUAAGUUGUCACCCGCGUCAAGAGAUAAAAGACAAAUAUAUAUAGCCCAACGGAGGAAGUGAGAGAGGCAAGAGUCGGGAAAGAAAAUGGAGAGAGAGUGUGAAGUGAAGGCGUCCAAAUUCAAGAGGAUUUGUGUGUUUUGUGGGAGUAGCCAGGGCAAGAAGACUAGCUAUCAAGAAGCUGCUAUUGAACUCGGCAAAGUCUUGGUUUCGAGGAACAUUGAUUUGGUCUAUGGAGGAGGUAGCAUAGGCCUGAUGGGUUUGGUUUCACAAGCUGUUCAUGAUGGUGGUCGGCAUGUUAUUGGGGUGAUUCCCAAGACGCUCAUGCCUCGAGAGUUAACUGGCGAAACAGUCGGGGAAGUGAAAGCAGUUGCAGAUAUGCACCAAAGGAAAGCAGAGAUGGCCAGGCAUUCAGAUGCUUUUAUUGCAUUACCAGGGGGUUAUGGAACUCUGGAGGAAUUACUUGAAGUGAUAACAUGGGCUCAACUUGGCAUCCAUGAUAAGCCGGUGGGGUUGCUGAAUGUGGAUGGAUAUUAUAACUCAUUAUUGUCAUUUAUCGACAAAGCUGUGGAAGAAGGAUUCAUUAGUCCAAAUGCUCGCCACAUCAUCGUAUCCGCACCAACAGCAAAGGAGCUUGUCAAGAAAUUGGAGGAGUAUGUACCUCGCCAUGAACGGGUUGCGCCAAAACUGAGCUGGGAGAUGGAGCAGUUGGGCUACUCUCAGAAAUACGAUAUGUCCAGGUGAAGAAAUGGAAUUGCAGCAUAGAAGAAUUCAUUAGAAAAUGGAUUAUUGGCAACGGAAGAAGCUAACUUGGAAUUUUAGAGAAAUCGUUUGUAAAGUAAUCUGGAAAUGUUGCUCAAUAUGCGAUACCUUCAUAUUUUCCCUGUUUAA